UUGAUCACAAUUACGUAACACUGCAUUAAAAUCGGCUAUCGCUUUUCAGUCAAAAUAUGUAGAACAGUGUGCAUGUGAAGGUAUGUUUAGAACGUUAAUGCUACUUUACAGGUUGAUUGGUAAGGGCGCCGAAACCACUGUAUGCCUCAGCUAAUUUGGUAGUGUUGGCUAACGCCAAAUGCCAGACCGAACCACCACAAAAUAUGUCAGUGGGCAUACAGUCCAGUGCUCCAAAAAUGAGAACAGUCGGCACACAGCUAUCCAUGGGUAAGCUGAGGGCUUACAUGAGAAGCAAAGGCACCCAGGCAAUGGUGCCCUGUGUUAAUGUUUACACUGAGACCACUUCAAGCUCCCCAGAAUUCACCCCGAUGUCUUCAACACCAAUAACACCCCAAGAUUACAGACCUCGCAAGAGACCUCGUCUUGAGUUGGAGGAGGAGGAAGAGGGAGACACCUCAACAGAGUUGCAAGCUGAGCCACAAGACUCAACAUAUAUCCCUGGUGACUCUGUUCUAACGGACGAAUCUGCCAUGUCGUCUGAGCCAGUGUCUACUUAUAAGGAUGAUAAGUACAUUGUUUUUGAAAGUUGCCUAAGGGAGCUUUUUCAAAGCUGUCCUGUAUGCAAGAGGCAGUGUGACGUUCAGCGCCGAAAAAUGGGAACGUAUGUGUCAUUCACACAGCUCUGCCCACACUGCAACUAUUCAAGACAGUGGCAGAGUCAGCCUGUUGUAGGAAGUACCCCCGUCGGCAACCUACACCUGUCAGCGGCAACAUAUUUCACCGGUUCAUCCUUCAUCCAACUGGAAAAGAUAUGCAAGGCCAUGAAUCUCAGAUUUUCCAGUAUGACACCUUCAGGAGGCAUGCUAGGAGUUUUCUGGAGCCAGCCAUAAUCCACAAAUGGAAGACGGAUCAGCAACAUCUUUUUCAAAAGUUACAGCAUGGAGGAAUGAUUGGAGUCAGUAGAGAUAUGCGAGCUGACUCCCCAGAUAAGACAAAAGUCCCAAAAGUCUGUUCUUAAAAGCAUGGUACUUAAACAUUCAAUUUGAGUUGCAAAGCCUUGACAUGGUCUUUGUUAUAUAAUUUUCAGGGCACUCAGCAAAGUAUGGGAGCUACACACUGAUGCACCUAGACAGUAACCGCAUUAUUGACCUUCAGCUUAUUCAGAGCAAUGAAGUAGGUGGUAGUUACCACAUGGAGAAGGAGGGCCUUAAACGCUGCCUGGAUCUACUGGAUUCAAACGGUUUGGUGGUGGACUACAUUGUCACCGACCGUCAUCCACAGAUCCAGAAGUAUCUGAGGGAGCGCAGCAUCACCCACUUCUAUGAUGUGUGGCACUUUGAGAAAGGUUUGUCAAAGAAACUUGACAAAGUUGCGCAAAACAAGGACUGCGGGGUGUUGAAGAAGUGGCUGCUUAGCAUCAAAAGCCAUGUCUACUGGAGUGCAACAUCAUCAACAUCAGGGCCAGAGAAGGUAGCCAAGUGGAUGUCAAUUGUCAACCACAUCCAGAACCUGCACUUGCAUGAAAACCCUCUUUUCCCUAAGUGCCAACAUCCUGAUCGAGUGUCAAGGGAUCCAAGUAAAUGGUUUCAACCAGGGUCAAUGGCGCUCUACAAAGUGGAAAAAAUCCUGCUCAAUAAGAGGGUUGUCAAAGAUGUGGAGAAGCUGAGCCACCACUACCAAACAUCAUCCCUGGAGGCUUUCCACAGUUUGAUCCUUCGCUUCACACCCAAGAAUGUGGUUUUCCCUUUCAUGGGCAUACUUUGCAGGUUGUACCUUGCAGCCAUGCACUACAAUGAAAAUGCAAGCCACAUCUGCAGGACAACCAGUAUUCAAAGUUGUGUUUCCCAAGUCCAGGAAGGGGGAGGUGAACGCUUUAGUUAA